AUGGGCGUCUUCGACGUCGACCUGCGGGACGUGACCCACUUCCGGGGCCGCAAGUGGUUCAAACUACAAACGGACCCGGACCGGCCCAAGGACGCCGUCUCCGGGUCCAUCGAGCUCGUGCUCAAGUGGAUCCACAACCCCGAGCUCGCGUUCGACCCGUGGGAAGGCACCGACGCGCACCCGGGCAAGCCCCGCAACGAGCUGUGCAUCGCCGUCGUCCGCGCGCGGCAUUUGCCGAUCAUGGACAGGAAUAUCUUAUCCAAGGGCGGCAGCAGCGACCCCGUCGCCACCGUGACCCUCGCGAACGCGCCCGAGUUUUCGUUCAAGACCGACGUGCGCCGGAAGACCGUGAACCCGUUGUUCCGCGCGCGGUUCCAGUGCCCCUACGAGCUCGACUACGACGACGCGCCGCCGGGCGUCCUCACGGUCGUCCUCGAGGACUGGGACGAGCUCAGCGGCAACGACUUCAUGGGCUCGGCCGACGUCGACCUCCGCGAGGUCCACGACGGCUACCGCGUGCGCAGAUGGUACAAGCUCGGCGGGAGCUCCGGCGACGUCGAGCUGGUCCUGUGCUGGAGGCACGACCCGGCGCUCCCCAACGAGCUCCAGGUCGCCGUCUACCGCGGCAAGUCCCUCGAGAUCAUGGACCGGAGCCGCUUCUCCAAGGGCGGCUCCAGCGACCCCUACGCCGUCGUCAACGUCGGGCCGGGCGAGGCGCGGACGGCCGUGAGGCCCAAGACGCUCGAGCCCAAGUGGAAGGGCGUCUUCGCGUUCGAGGUCGAACCGGGCGACGACUACGCGCUCUGGGUCCGCGUCUUCGACCACGACGACCGCAGCGCCAACGACUUCAUGGGCGGCGUCAAGCUC